CAGGGAGCAUUGGACACCGCAUUCAGGAAGUUUUUUCAGUAACUGACACAGGAGUGGAUUUACCCCCAGUGAUUUACAAAGCACCUGAAGCGGGUGGACACCUACAGGCAUGAAGCUUCUCUGUCUACUGCUGUUGGCCUCUUUGGCUGGCUGUGGUGCUUCCAGGUCAAGAGACUGGGCUCAUCACGGGGCUCCCAUGUUUGCUGACCUCACAGUUCGUGAAUUGAGAGCUGUCCGGGCGUACCUGCACGGUAUUCCUCAACUGGAGCUCACUGAUGCUCGCAGCAAGACUCUGAUGAAGAACAGCAUCCUCCUGAUAGAACUCCAUCUUCCGAAGAAGCAAAAAGCCCUGAGAGCUCUGGACCAUGGACAUUCAAAACCCAUACGUCAAGCCCGUGUCGUUAUCCAGUUUGGGAACCAAACAAAUCCCAACAUCACUGAAUACAUUGUCAGUCCACUGCCAUCCCCAAUGUCUCAUGAAGUGAAGACCUUCAAGGGGGCUAAGCCUGUUCACUUUGAGUCGAGGCCUAUUACUGCUGCAGAGUAUGAACAUAUGAUUGACAUCCUUGUGAAGAUUACAACUAAAGCUCACAAGCUCCUCUUUGAGACCACAGGCGGGUUUUCCUUCACUAACUGCUCUGACCGCUGCCUGACGUACUCUGACAUAGCCCCCCGUGGACUGGGUCCUGGUGAGAGGAGAACCUGGAUCAUGUUGCAGAAGUUUGUGGAGGGUUAUUUCAUCCACCCAGUUGGGUUCGAGGUACUGGUCAACCAUCGGAACCUGGACCCCAAAAAAUGGUAUGUUGAAAAGGUCUGGUACAACGGCAUGUACUUUGACAGUGUUGAGGAGCUGGUGGAAAAGUACGAAACAGGAGGUGUGGAGAAGAUCAAGUUGCCAGAUCACGAUGACAGUGACCUCUACUCCACCUACAUCCCCCGGGGUCCCAGCAACACUCCCACCAAUAUCCAUGGGCCAAAGCUUGUGGAGCCCCAGGGUCCUCGCUAUCACAUUGACCGCAACUUUGUUGAAUACGCUGGAUGGUCUUUUGCCUACCGAGUUCGCUCAUCAGCUGGGCUUCAAGUCUUCGAUCUGCGUUUCAAGGGAGAAAGGAUCGCCUAUGAAAUCAGCCUCCAAGAAGCGAUUGCCUUCUAUUCUGGUGAUACACCUGCGGCCAUGCAAACAAAGUAUAUUGAUGCAGGAUGGGCCAUGGGCACCUCAAGCUUUGAGCUAGCGCCUGGAAUCGACUGUCCAGAAAUUGCCACAUUUAUCGACCUUUACCACUACUACGACACAGACAAACCUCUGCACCACAAAAAUGCACUUUGUAUUUUUGAGAUGACAACAGGGAUGCCCCUCAGAAGGCAUUUCAACUCCAACUUCAAGGGGGGAUACAACUUCUACGGGGGGCUGGAAAAUAGUGUGCUGGUGAUGAGGACAACCUCGACAGUUUACAACUAUGAUUACAUCUGGGACUUCCUCUUCUACCAGAAUGGGGUGAUGGAAGUAAAGGUCAGUGCCACUGGAUACAUCCACUCCACUUUCUUCACACCCAGCGGACUUCAAUAUGGCAACAAGGUGUACAAUUAUGUGCUGGGGAACAUGCACACACACCUCAUCCAUUACAAGGUGGAUCUGGAUAUUGCUGGUCAAGAGAACAGCUUUGAGUCGAUUGAUCUGAAAUACGUCAACUUCACAAAUCCCUGGAGCCCGGAGCAUUUCAUCGUCCAGUCCAAACUCCACAGGACAAAUCACGACACCGAGCGAUCUGCCGCCUUCCGCUUUGGCAAAAAGUUCCCCCGCUAUGUGCACUUUUACAACCCCAACGAGAAAAAUAAAUGGGGGCACCAGAGGGGUUACCGAAUUCAGUUCAACUCACAUGCCCAUAGUGUUCUUCCGAGAGGCUGGAGAGAGGAAAACGGCAUCAGUUGGUCAAGGUAUCCUCUGGCUGUGACUCGUCAUAGAGAUAGUGAAGCCACCAGCAGCAGCAUAUACAGCCAGAACGAUCCCUGGGAACCUGCCGUGUCCUUUGAGGACUACAUCCAGAACAAUGAGGACAUAGUCAACCAGGACCUAGUUGCCUGGGUGACGGUCGGCUUCCUGCAUGUGCCUCACUCAGAAGACAUCCCCAACACGGCAACACCCGGCAACGCAGUGGGUUUCUUCCUUCGUCCCUUCAAUUUCUUCGAUGAAGACCCUUCGGUGUCGUCGCAAAGCACCAUCAUCGUCCGGCCGGGCCAGGAUGGCAAACCCAAGGUCCAGAGAUGGACACCUGAGGUCGUAGGACACUGUGUGACGGACAAGCCAUUCUUUUACAACGGCUCCUAUGUUGGAGUCUAGGGAGGUUUUCUAAAAAGUGUUUUAGCACAAUUAUUAUAAUUAGGCUCAAUAACACAAUUUGGAUCUUAGAUUAAUGACAAUCACUUGAAGAACAUAUAGUCAGAUUUAUUCUGAGUCUUGCAUAACAAUAUGACAACCUCAUGAGAACAAAUGUAAAAGAAAGACAAUUUUGAAAAGGGAGAAGUUUAUAUUGUGUUAUUGUUUUUCUAUCAAUGGUUAUAUAUAAAUGAAAAGCAAGUUUUUUUUAUUGAAAUUAUUUAGCUACAGACUCUACAUUACACUGACAUAAAACAAUCACAUUUCACACCUGUCUUUCUCCAAUCUGGCUGCACCGAUUUAAAAGAUAAAUUAAUCUUAAUGGCAAAGUUAAUAAAACACAGUAUGGCAAACCACACAUGUAACCUAGCAGGGGGAAGUGGAGUGGGUGUGGGGCAUGGAGGUCUUGAGAACUUGAGUAAUCCCAUGGCGGGUCUCCGUGGCUGAGGUUUAGCAGCAGCAAGCAUCCAGGAUGCAGGAUGCUGCGUAUCCGCCCCACAUGGGUCUAAACUACCGUCCCUCAGCACGCUCCACCCACCCCCCUGGCGGGAAUGUUUUCGCUGCACAGACAACAGGCCUUACAGAGCAAACAGCCUGAUUCCGGAUCCUUCCACACAAACAGCCCAGAUACCACCUGGCGGAGCCGUCGCCCCUGGAAACCUAUCCAUACGUACAAUGUGGCAGAAUUUACGGAAAAUCAACAGCACAUGUUACUGCUCUGUCCUUUAUGUACACAUUCCUGACAGAGCCACAUGACUCACACUCACUAUUAUAUAAAGUGACAAAUAAAUCUAAGUUUCUGGAUCUUAUUGUAUGUUAUUGAUAUUGUUUUGAAUUCAAUCUUUUGUAUCAAAUAUCAAACAAUGAUUAAACACAAUUUUCUGUUUGCCAUCAAACUAAAUAAAACUUCCA